AACGACGAUAAUGACAUAAACUGCGAACAGCUGUUCUUGACUGUUUUCAAUAGAAUGUCAAGAAUGAAAAUCGAAUUGUCAAUCGAGAUUAUCAGCGAUUGAUGAAUUAUUGAUUCGUAAAUCAUUGGAAUAAGUAAAGCAACAAUAAAUUAUGUCGAAUAAAAUUUGAUUUCUAAUUAAUAUCAAAUAUGAAAGGACGUUUUCGCCAUUUUCUGUACUCUUUUCUACUAUAUUUUCUAAGUAAUUCAGAUGUCAACUUUGCAAGAGAAGAUUCGAAGAUUUGUAAUAGUCCAGAAUGUGUUUUUGUAGCCGCUGAUCUAUUGACCUACAUGGACCACAAUGUCGAUCCUUGUAAAGAUUUCUAUUCUUUUGCUUGUGGUCGAUGGGAAAAAUCAAAUCCCAACAUAACAUCUGUCACCACAAGACUAACAGAAAUGAAUAAAAAUAUGCAUUUUCGACUAAAAAAUCUUUUAGAAUCUUCCGAUAAUUCCUCUGAACCGAAUCAUUGGAAAAAGGCCAAAAAGUUUUACAGGACUUGUUUAAAUUUAGAUAAGAGAGAAAAGUUAGAUAAACGUUUGUUUAUAAAUGAUAUCAAACAAUUGGGUGGUUGGCCAGUUUUAGAAAAUGUAAAUUGGAAAGAGGAUUCUUUUGAUUGGAUACAAACUUUACAGAUGAUGUUUGAAAUGGGAUACAACAAAAACAUUCUCCUGAAAAUCUCUAUAGGAGCGGAUUAUAAAAACACUUCGAUAAGAAGAAUUUUUAUCGAUCAACCUAUAUUUGGGAUGAAAAAACAAUUAUUUUUUCAUGAAAAAUAUGUUGAUUCUUAUAUGAAAAUGAUCGUGGAAAUGGUGACUUUAUUGAAACCUCGUGCCGAUGUCGACAAUAUAGCAAUAGAAAUGGCUAGUGCCUUAGAUGUAGAACGUCAACUGGCACAGUUUGCACUUCCCAUUCCGAACAAGAGGACUCCACAAGAAAGUUAUAACCUAGUAAAGAUUAGACAGUUAAUGGAAUUUAUGCCACAAAUAGAUUGGUUGAGACUUCUCAAUGCCUUCUUACCAGACGUAAUAUUAACAUUAAAUGAUCAAGUUGUUGUAAAAGAACCCAAGUUUUUGAGACAAUUCGGUAUAUUUAUGAAAAGAUUAGAUAAAGAAAGGAGAAGAGAUCUUGCCAAUUAUAUGUUUUAUCGUGUGGUCAUUGCUAAUGCCAUCAAUUUACCAAAGCUCUUUCGAUGGUCGUAUUUUGAUUUUCGCAGCGAACUUGUGAAUAAGGAAAUUCAUCCUCCAGUUUGGUCUCUUUGUAUUCAUGCAACAACAACAAUAUUCAGCUACAGUGCAUCGUCCAUUUAUGCAAAGAAAUAUUUCCGAAAAGAAACAAAGGAAGCUGUGAAAGAAAUGGUAAGAAGAAUUCAAGAAAGGCUAAUAUGUAUUCUUAAGCAAGUAAAAUGGAUGGACAGCACAACUCGUAGUAGAGCGUUAGAAAAGGCUCACGCAAUGUCGAUCGUAAUUGGUUGUUCGGAUGAUAUUUUUAAUGACUCGCAGUUAAAUAAACAUUACGAAAAGAUAAUAAUUGGGAAUUCUCAUUACGAAAACGUACAAAAUGCUAGAAAAUAUCAGUAUCAAAAGCUGAUGGAAGGUUUGAACAAACCAAUUAACAAAGCUAUUUUAAGGGGACAUACAAGAAUUCUAAUGGCUAAUGCAUAUUAUUCUCCAUUUUUAAAUACCAUGAAUAUACCUGUUGGAAUCCUUCAAGACGUUAUAUUUAACGAACACUAUCCACGUUACAUAAAUUACGGCCGCUUAGGAAGUAUAGUAGGACACGAAAUGACUCACGCUUUCGACAAUAAAGGAGCCUGGUAUGAUAAAAACGGAAAUUGGAAAUUAUGGUGGGCUGACGACACAUAUCAAAAGUUCAUGAAGACGUCCGAAUGUCUGGUCAAACAAUAUAAUCGAUUUUAUAUUACUGAAUUACAUCGGAAGUUAAAUGGUACCCAGACGUUAGGAGAAAAUAUUGCAGACAAUUGUGGAGUUAGAGAAUCGUAUUUGGCAUAUAGAACAUGGGUUUCGGAUCAUCGCAUUUCAGAACCGAAGCUUCCAGGCUUGGAUUAUACUCCCAAUCAGUUAUUUUGGAUAUCUUACGCCACUGGUUGGUGCAGUUCUUAUUCCAGGAACAAUCUUCGGAGUAGAGUGCUUUACGAUGUUCAUCCUCCAGCUAGAAAUAGGAUUUUAGCUACUCUUUCAAAUUCCAAGGAUUUUGCCAAGGAUUUUAACUGUCCAGUUGAAUCUCCUCUUAAUCCAACUACCAAGUGCACUGUCUGGAUAUAAAAUUUAAUAAAAAUUAAUACUAAUUAUAUUUAUUUAAUAAAUAU